AUGCCAGUGCGAUCAUCUCAUCCGAUUCGCGCCAGAACGCUUGUCCGUAGCAACUUGGAGAAGGCAUCCGUUAUCAGCAACAUCCUACAGUCGAGGAUGCCCAACAUUAAGGUGUUUUCUGGUUCGUCCCAUCCGGAUCUUGCCUCGCGCAUCGUCGACCGGCUCGGUAUCGAUCUCGGCAAGGUUGUGACGAAAAAGUUCAGCAACUUGGAAACCUGUGUCGAAAUUGGUGAAUCCGUCCGUGGCGAAGAUGUGUACAUCGUGCAGUCCGGUUCCGGGGAGAUCAAUGAUAAUUUGAUGGAGCUGCUGAUUAUGAUCAAUGCGUGCAAGAUAGCAUCGGCUUCCCGUGUGACCGCGGUCAUACCAUGCUUCCCGUAUGCCCGACAGGACAAGAAAGAUAAGGUAUCCGCAAGAUCCCGUGCUCCAAUUUCCGCCAAGCUGGUUGCAAACAUGCUUUCCGUCGCUGGUGCAGAUCAUAUCAUUACAAUGGAUCUGCACGCUUCACAAAUUCAGGGUUUCUUUGAUAUACCGGUCGAUAAUUUGUACGCCGAGCCGGCUGUACUGAAAUGGAUCAGGGAGAAUAUUGCCGAAUGGCGCAACUCGAUCAUCGUGUCGCCGGAUGCGGGCGGUGCGAAGCGCGUUACCUCGAUCGCAGAUCGGUUAAACGUGGAGUUCGCGCUGAUCCACAAGGAACGCAAGAAGGCGAAUGAGGUCGCCUCGAUGGUGCUGGUCGGUGAUGUGAAGGACCGUGUUGCAAUCCUGGUGGACGAUAUGGCUGACACGUGUGGCACCAUUUGUCACGCAGCCGACAAGCUGGUCGAGGCUGGUGCAACGAAAGUGUACGCCAUACUAACGCACGGCAUCUUCAGUGGGCCGGCCAUCUCGAGGAUAAACAAUGCCUGCUUCGAGGCAGUGGUGGUGACGAACACUAUUCCACAGGACGGUCACAUGAAGGAUUGUCCCAAAAUACAGUGUAUCGACGUUUCGAUGAUGUUCGCUGAGGCUGUCCGUCGGACGCACAACGGCGAAAGCGUGUCAUAUCUGUUCUCAAACGUUCCUUACUAAGCCCUACCCCAGCCGUUAUGAAGCAUAACAAAGAGAGGGAGAGAGAAAUUAGAGCCUCCGUUCUUCUAAACUAUGACACACAACACGUUAAGCCAUGCCCCCGUUGUCCUCCAAUUAGAUUGGAAAUUGGCAUCAAAAUUUAGAGGAAACACACACUCACAGACACCCCAGAAACACAACAAAGCUUUCCUUUUCGAUCGUCUCACUAAGUGUAAGUUACACGUGUCAAAGAGGGGAAAUAAGCAUAAAGCAUUCUGAUGAUCAGUGUAAAUGACAGGCCAUUAAAGUUUGUACUGCGGUUAUAGUGGAAGAGAGAAAAUUGCAAAAAAGAUGAAAAAGUAAACUAGAUACUUGCAAAGGCUCAUUCACUUGGGCCUGCAUAACAACAACAGAUCGAAUUAGGCUUAUUAUUAGGAAACAUAAUCGAGAAUGUUAACAUUACAGCUUGCGUUUUUACAAAGGAAAGCUGAAGAUGUGGUUCUGCCAUCGAGCAUGAAAUGCUUUUUUUUGUUUUCGCUAUUAUCCUAUCAUGAAAAGAAUUUGUUUCAUACUCAUACACACACGCAUAGUUUCGUGUUUUUGACGCAGUCUUAUACAGGUUAAUAAAAAAAGACAUGGUGCGGAUCGCAUUUUCUAUCUGCUUAGCAAUAACGUGUACAUGUCGUUGAUGUGUC